AUGGCAGCACGGAAACUCGCAGCUCUCUUCACUGCGGUUCUGCAUCUUUGCUUAUGUCAGAUAACUCCAGAACCAUUGCCAGAAUUUUUAGCUCCUUUGGAGAAUCACACAGUGAUCCAAGGCCGUGACGCUUACUUCACUUGCGUCGUUAAUAAUUUACAUUCGUACAAGGUGGCCUGGAUGAAGUCCGAUUCUCGAGCAAUUUUGGCAAUACACACGCAUUUAAUAGCGCAUAAUCCACGGCUCUCGGUUACACAUAAUGGGCAUAACACGUGGAAGUUACGCAUAUCGAAUGUUCAGAAAAAUGAUUCCGGCACUUACAUGUGCCAAGUGAAUACCGAACCCAUGCGAAGUCAGAACGGAUACAUGGUAGUCGUCAUACCACCGGAUAUAAUGGACGAUAAGUCUGCUGAUGGCGCGGUAACUCACGAAGGUGGAGAAGUAACGUUAAAGUGCGUUGCAACAGGUUCACCAAAGCCCACUGUCACAUGGAAACGAGAAGAUGGACAGAACAUUGUUAUUAGGAAGGACGGAAAAAAACAACUGUUGGAAACCUAUGUAGGUGAAACUUUAGUGCUGUCUGGAGUUCUUCGACAAGAAAUGGGCACGUACCUUUGCAUAGCCAGCAACAAUGUGCCUCCAACGGUCAGCAAACGUUACUCCGUGCAAGUUCACUUCCGGCCUGUUGUAAAAGUACCAAAUCAACUACUAGGAGCACCAAUUGAUAGUAAUGUUCUUCUUCAGUGCCUAGUUGAAGCUUCUCCACAAGCAUUAAAUACUUGGCAUCACAGUACAGGUAGAAAGUUGUCGCCCAAUGCAAAAUAUUCGAUAACAGAGUACGCAUUGAAUGAGUACUCUUGGCAAAUGAAUCUUACUAUCAAUUCUCUGAAAAAAACGGAUUUUGGAGAAUACAUUUGUUCGUCUUUAAAUGCUUUUGGAAAUGCUACUGGUAUGAUUCAUUUACGAGAAUUAGACAUUGUUGCAAAAACAACACCCAGUAUCUUCGUGAAAAAUACCGACCUGAAACCUCGAAAGAAACCUAUAACAAAAGGCAGAAAGGAGAAUAGCAAUAGCGGUGGCAGAAGACUCCAUUUAGGAAGUUCCGACGAUUUCGAUUCUUCUGGAAACGAUGACGACCUUAGUACUACACAGAUCAUGGCUGGUAGUACACUUCAUGAAGGCCAUAGAACAGAAAGACCAUUGGUAUUACCAUCGUUAUUUCCCCCAUCGGUGAUUAUGAACACUGCUAACUCUAGGCAUCAUUUACCGAUCACGCUUUUUUCGUUAUUCAUCUUAACUAUGAUACUAAUUCCUUAAA